UCGGAGCCAGUCGAUCGGCGCUCGAAAGCGAAACUCACAUGCGUCGCACCGCCUGCAGAUACAGAUACAAAUACCCGUUCCGCAGAUACAGAUACAACGUCCGCCAGUCAAGAGUCCGAAUUCGCGACACGCAGUGAAGUUGUGCACGGAAUCCGAUUCAGGAAAAAUUACCAUUGCAAACGGGAAAUUCAAUUAGCAGCCGGCUCCGUCAAGUGCCUCGCACAAAAAAAAAACUAAAAAAAGGAAUAAAAUAAAAUAACACCCAUACAAUAGGAGUAAAAGUGCGAAGAAAUGCCAGUGCAACAAGAGCAGUCUUCGGUUAUCGGUCAGCAAAUAAAGAUGGGCAACGAGGAGCCAUCAAAUGCCAAACCUAAGCCCAAAAGCCGUUCAACAUGCUGGCUGCUACAGCGUCGCCAGCUGGACAAUAUCUCAAUAGUUCUUGCCGAAAUGAUAGCCACCGCCAUGUUGAUGUUCCUGGGUUGCAUGGGAUGCGUCCAGAAUUCCGUGUUCACCAACUCGAACUUCCAGAGCGCCGUAAACUUUGGGUUCGUAGUGCUGAUCUGCAUUCAGUGUUUCGGCUGUGUGUGUGGAGCCCACUUGAAUCCCGCCGUCACCUUGGCCACCUAUGUCUACAACAUGAUCUCGCUGCCCAUGGCUCUGGCCUACUUUGUGGCCCAAAUGGUGGGUGCCUUUAUAGGAUACGGACUGCUGAAGGCUGUGCUUCCUGAGAAUGCCAUCUACAGCUCGGAUACGCCCAAUGGAGUAUGUCUCACAUCGCUCAAUAGCACCCUGACCAGCUGGCAGGGCCUGGCCGUUGAGUUCCUGAUCACCUGCGUCCUCAUCUCCAUUUGCUGCGGCGUCUGGGAUCCCCGCAAUGCCACAAAACAGGACUCUGUGCCGGUGCGUUUCGGCCUGGCCAUCGCCUGCCUUUCACUCACAGCGGGCCAACUGACAGGGGCCAGCAUGAAUCCAGCCCGAUCCUUUGCCCCAGCAAUUUGGAAUGGUGCGUGGGACAACCACUGGAUCUACUGGGUGGGGCCCAUGGCUGCGGCACUGGUAACCUCAGUGAUCUACAAGUACGCCUUUCGGCGGGAAGUGGAGGAUUUGGACGAGGUCGAUGAGACCACAAUGUCAACCAAGCGAACCUCGGAGGCGGAACUCGCCUAGAAAUGAUUUAGUAGCCAUUAGACAAGUUAUCGUUUAAGUUUGUGUGAGUUGAAUGCGGAUUAGUUUUAAGUUGCGAAGCGUACAAAUAAAUACCUUAAAUGAAAUCUUA